CUCCCUCUCCGCCGGGCGCGCAGAGGCUCCUGGGAGUGGCUGGCCGGCGGCGGCGGCUCCUUCAAGGAGGGCGGGGGCCGGAUCCUGCCCGCCCCUUUGCCGCUUCCUUUCUCCCCGGCCUGGGUUUCCCUCGCCAUGUCUGCCUUGGAGAAGCAGCUCCAGCUGGGCCGCCUGCCCCCUCGCCCUCCGGGCCCCGCUGGGGGCAGCGGCCAGGCCCUCCCCAAGAUGCGCAUGGGGCCUGGAAGAAAACGUGAUUAUUCCCCGGUCCCAUGGAGCCAGUACUUCGAGUUGAUGGAGGAUGUUGUGGUUGAGAGCGACUCUGGCAAGGAUACUUUUCGAAUUUACAAGAGUGGAUCUGAAGGACCUGUCUUGCUCCUUUUACAUGGUGGGGGCCAUUCUGCUCUUUCCUGGGCUGUAUUUACGUCUGCCAUCAUCAACCGGAUUCAGUGCCGGAUUGUGGCCUUGGAUCUGAGGGGACAUGGUGAGACAAAAGUUAGGAAUUCAGAAGAUCUCUCUGCAGAAACGAUGUCCAAGGAUGUCGGAAACGUGGUGGAAGCGAUGUACGGAGACCUCUCCCCGCCCAUCAUGCUGAUUGGCCACAGCAUGGGAGGUGCCAUUGCCGUGCACACAGCAGCGUCCAAUCUGGUACCCAGUUUGUUGGGUCUCUGCAUGAUUGAUGUAGUGGAAGGCACAGCCAUGGAUGCACUGAACAGCAUGCAGAAUUUCCUCCGGAGUCGCCCUAAGACAUUCAAAUCUCUUGAGAAUGCCAUUGAAUGGAGUGUGAAAAGUGGACAGAUACGAAAUCUUGAAUCUGCCAGAGUUUCUAUGGUUGGCCAAGUCAAACAGUGUGAAGGAGCUGCAAGCCCCGGAGGUCCUAAAACCAUUGUGGAGGGCAUUAUAGAGGAAGAGGAAGAAGAGGAGGAAGAUGAUGUAAAUGGAGAAUCUGUGAACAAAAGGAAGAAAGACGACGAUGCAGAGACCAAGAAGCAGGUGGCGUACACGUGGCGCAUUGAGCUGGCGAAGACGGAGAAGUACUGGGACGGCUGGUUCCGAGGCCUCUCUAACCUCUUCCUCAAUUGCCCUGUCCCCAAGCUGCUGCUGUUGGCCGGUGUUGACCGACUGGAUAAAGACCUGACAAUUGGCCAGAUGCAAGGGAAAUUCCAGAUGCAAGUCCUUCCACAGUGUGGCCACGCAGUACAUGAAGACGCUCCAGACAAAGUUGCUGAAGCAGUUGCAACUUUCUUGAUCCGUCACAGGUUUACAGAACCCAUCGGUGGAUUCCAAUGUGUUUUUCCUGCUUGUUAAUAACCUGAUGAUCCUCCCAGCACUGACUCCUGUUGUAAAUAAAACUGCAUCCGAGGCC